UUUUGCUAAAUGUACUUAGUUAUAGCUAGAGGGGCGCAUUUAAGUUUGAUUGACAAAAUGAAAAGCCAAUGAAUUGAAGACGCGGCCUCACGUACUGUCCAAUCGCCUUUGGAUAUGAACGACCUGGAUGUAAAAGGUAGAAGUGCAUUCUGAGUAAACCCCCUGAUCCAGAGUUCUUAUACUGCAGGUGUUUUAGGGGGUAAGACAUUGAAAUAUAAAUGUAUAUUUUGCCAAACAAUUGUGCUUAGUCGAAAAGGGAAAACAACGUGAAGUUUAUAUUUGUAUCUACUGCAAUCAAAAUGAGCUCUGGAGACUUUCGAUUUGCGGAGGUUUUCUCGUACGAAAGCUUGGUUCAUGCAAUGGCAGGAGCAGUGGGGAGUGUGACAGCUAUGACCGUUUUCUUCCCACUCGACACCGCGAGACUCCGGCUGCAAGUGGACGAGAAGAGGAAAGCAAGGUCCACUCCUACCAUUUUAUCGGAGAUCGUCAAGGAAGAGGGGUUGCUGGCACCUUACAGGGGCUGGUUCCCGGUGAUCUGUAGUCUGUGCUGCUCCAACUUCGUCUACUUCUACUGCUUCCACAGCCUGAAGGCCAGCUGGCUUCGAGGACUCAAGUCAACCCCAAGCAAAGACCUGCUCAUUGGCAUCACGUCAGGUGUAGUGAAUGUGCUUGUGACAACUCCACUGUGGGUGGUCAACACCCGCCUCAAGCUUCAGGGGGCAAAGUUCCGCAAUGCAGACAUCCGUCCCACUAACUACUCUGGCAUCAUGGAUGCCUUUGUACAGAUUGUUGAGGAUGAAGGGAUUGGAGCCCUGUGGAACGGGACGUUCCCCUCUCUCCUGCUGGUGCUCAACCCGGCCGUCCAGUUCAUGAUCUACGAGGGCCUGAAGCGACAGCUGAAGAAGGGGGUGCACCGAGAGCUGCUGUCUCUGGAGGCGUUUAUGAUCGGAGCUGUAGCCAAAGCUGUGGCCACAACUGUCACUUAUCCACUGCAGACUGUACAGUCCAUCCUCAGGUUUGGCCAACAUGGAGAACACACAGGCAGGUCCCUGCUGAAUAGCUUGAGAGGGGUGAUGCAUCUACUGAUCAACAGAGUGAGGAGGCAUGGGUGGCAGGGCCUUUUCAAAGGCCUGGAGGCUAAACUCCUUCAGACUGUCCUGACGGCAGCACUCAUGUUUCUACUCUAUGAGAAGAUCGCCAGCAGCACCUUCAGAGUCAUGGGAGUGAAGAGGCCCGUGUCCAGUCGCUAACCCGUAUUACGACCGUAACGAUCAGAUGCGAUGGAGAACGUCAGCACACCCCAGCAAGUUGACUACAGGGAAAGCAUGUGAACAGUUGCUAACGCCUUACAUAUAUUACAGUGCUUAGAUGGGUACUUUCAGUCAAUCGUAUCAUACAGCAAUGUGACAUAUGACACUCUGAAGUCACAUGAUGCCAUUGUUUAAUGCGUACAAAUUCUUAGCUGGGGAGCGUGACCUCAGAGAGGAAAAGGCAAAACAAAAAUAAUUCUAAAAUAAGCCAGAUGCUUCAUUCAGCAUCAAUGGUCCUAAGGCUUGUUAGCUGAUUGGACCACACCCCAUUGCCAGGAAGACAACAUCAGGUCUGGUCAUUAUAUAGACCUCUGAUAAGCUGUGCGCAUUUGAAGGAUCCUUUUAAGCUUGGAAGGUGCCUGUGCAAAACAGCUCAUGUCUUAUUUAUUGUUUAGGCUAUAUACAUUUUUUCUUUUUACAUUUUGUGGACAAACAAAACGUGUCAAAACACGGGUGAUGCAAGUGAAUUUCAUACUUUCGUACUAAGUCGGCUGCAGUAUUGAAAUAUUACUUUUGUGUUAAAUUGUUUCCAUGUCGUGGGUCUAUGGUAAUCGCACUUUUCAAGUCGCUGCAAUGUUUUGUCAUCAGUCAACCAAUUGUUAUAUGUCUGACAAAUCUAUGAAAUCAUUUGGAGAUUUGUUUAAUGUGAAAAUAAUUUACUACAUUGGGAAGAAUGUAUAAUUUACCAGUAUACCAGGUUCUUGGAAAGGCUGAUGGAACUAAACGCUGCUGCACCAGUGACAACAUUUUAUAAAAAUUAAACUAUAUUGUUUCUCUGA